UGUUGCUUCCUUUGAUCUGGAACUGACGUUGUUAUUUACCUGAGCAGCUGAGGCAUGGACUUGCCCUGCCCACAGAUAUCCUUCCUUCUCACCAGUAAUCAUGGACUAUGACUGGCAGAGAUUUGGUAGGCGAAGUCUUGACCUCACUUCAGCAGCGACUUCCCUUGCUUUCACCGCUGUCAAGGGUACAACACGACUGGGAUUCUCGGUUGCUCGAGAUGCAGCGUCCAGUGUUGUGGGUGUGGUCGCUUCCGCCCUCGAUCACGCAAUAUUCGGUGGGAGUGAGGUCGCUGCGCCGGUCCUAGAAGGCGCGGUCGCGAGCGCUAUCACCUUCGCCGAGAAACUUACUCUUGCUCCCAUCUAUGCUGGGGAGUAUAUUUCAUCAGCUUCCCUACGAGCGGCCUAUAGUUCCAUCGAUAUGCUCUCCACCAUCUUCCCUGGCAGCAGCGAAGCCUCCUUCUCUUUGGCAUCAUUUAUCGACUUGGUAAAGCGUGAGUGGGACCAUCCUGGCUCACACGAGCAUAUCCCAGGGAGAAGGUACGGAAUAACAGAGGUCGCUAGAGCUUUGGUUGCAUGGGUGGCUCUGCAAGGCGUCACCCACGAGUGGCAAGAGCAGAGUUGGUUCCCGUACCUUCGCGAGAUUCAGUUUCAUGACCCGUCCACCGCCCCUCAUCUCAAACAUACAUCCUCACGAAUUCGAGUAACGUCUGACGUAAUAUUCCCGGGGCAUCGAGGACAGCUAAUAUCUGCAGACAUCGGAGAGGCAUCCGCGCAGUCUCACACCCGCUCCAGGUCUCCGAGUGUCCUGUCGAGAUUGUCAAUGUCGUCCAUAUCUUCUUUUAGGUGGAAAGAACCGCGCAUAGAUUUACCGCAGAAGUCUAUAGCUGAGCUAAAGACUAACUUGCGAAGAUUUUCCAAAAUGGUUCUUGCCGGCUAUGGCGGCGCAAGUCUACUCUUUUUUGGAGUACCUCUGCUGCUGACAUCGCCAUCCCACACUUUAAACCCGCCGACCACACGUAAUGAAAAGGAUGCAGAAGAGGCGCAGCUCCAGAGUGCUGUAAAUGCAGCGGAAGAUGAGAUGAAAGGAAAUUCUUCGUCUCGUGGAAUGCCCUCUGACAAUCUGGAGUACUCUUGGUGGGAUGUAUUGAUGGGCAAGCAUGACAAGGAAAUUUUCGAGAGGUCGGUGCAUGGGGAGGCAAUAGAGCAGCCAAAUAUACAGGCAAGGGCUCGCGCAACGGCUGUUGUCGGGAUAGAGCGUCAGAUGCCUAGAUUCUGGGUCUUGACCGACCACGAUAGACGCCAGGUCGUGCUUGUCUUACGAGGCACAAUGUCACUUAACGAGCUCGCUGUUGAUUUGACUUGCGAUCCGGUAGAAUUCGAGCCUGCGUCCAGUACGUCUCAGGAAGACACUGGAGACAGUAUACCAUUCCCCGGGUCAAGUAGAAGGACCCAUCGGAGGCGUUUGUCUAUUCUCUCGACGACUUCGCAUGAUAAACAGCCCACGUACCAAGUUCAUGGAGGGAUGCUUCGUAUGGCCCGUGUGAUGGGCGAGAUUGGCAAACCAGUCCAUGUGGCUGUCAUGGAUGCAUUGACUCGCAAUCCAGGAUAUGAACUCAUACUUUGCGGGCAUAGUCUGGGAGCAGGUGUCGCGGUUCUGUUGGCUAUGAUGUGGGCGGACCCUGCAACUUGCUUGACAGUGCCUUCAAGCGGCCUGCCAACGGAUCACAAUGUAUCUGUCUAUUGCAUAGGACCUCCUUGUCUGACGGAUGCUGCGCUUAGUCGAUUAGCGUCGAAAAUGGUCACAUCGUUUGUAUGUUCCGAUGACAUUGUGUCUCGACUGUCACUCGGUUCUGUCCGGGACAUUCGUAAUGCAGCCCUCUGGCUGUGUGAUGCAAAUGAGCGGAAUGGUGGCACAGAAGGAUAUUCGGUCAUCACUAAUAGAAUCAAGCGAUGGAAGGCUGGAGAUGGGUCGUCGGAUGACCCUCAUUGGUUUCUGUCGAUGCGGAAAACCCUUGAGGCAAACAUGCAAAUGACUGAUCUAUUCCCACCUGGUCGCGUCUUAUGGGCUGUCAGGGACUGCGACCUGCACCCUUCGCAUCAGUCGCAUGAGCCCAAUAAGUAUCCCGACAAAACAUUAAGGUUAUUCGAGGUCUUGGACGUUGAGAAAGUAUUUUCUCAAAUAGUUUUCUCAAGAAAUAUGCUUAGGUCACACAUGCCUCAUCGAUAUGACCAAGUCCUUCAUGAGCUGCUUUGAUCUAGUUUUCUUCCGUUAUUACCAAGGACUUGCUAAGGGCAGACUAUUGUUGAUUACCUCCAGUCCUCAUACCCCUUUUUACCCAGCAUUAUAAGCUUAGUCGGCUAUGGUGACUGUUAUUCUGAUAUCCUUCCAGGUGUAUCCAUACACACUGGCCACCGUAUAAGGUUAUGAAUUGAUACCUUAUUGUAUACAUACUCUGCCAAGGAUUAUCAUACGAUUCUGAUUUAAUAUAUGCUUGGUGGUCGUGAAUUGCUGGAUCUUGUCUCGGGUUACCGUACAGAGCUCGUAACGGUCACCGAAGGUCCU